AUGAUCGCCGCCGCCUUGGCCGUCUUCCUGGGCUGCGUGGCGCCCGUGGCCGCGGCCAUCCAUGAAGAUGCGCUGCCGUCGUAUCACUACGGCGCCCUCAUCCCCGUCGAGUGCAUGAGCCGCAGCUCAGAAACUGGCGAACACCUCGAAAACGCCCAACACCAAAUCAACUGGGUUCCCUUCCCCGUCUGCAACGAAACCAACCGGCCGCUCGAGUUCGGCUACGGCAUCGAGGGCGAGGUCAACUGCACCAUCCCGCUUGUCGACGAUCCCUUCUUCCACCUCCUCGAAUUCUAUAUCCACAGCGACGCACCGCUGAGCUGUCGCCUCCCUGCUCGCCCGCCUCCGCAUAUCGAAGUCGUCGGCGAGAAGCUGCCCGAGCAAGAGUACAUCCCUCUCGUCUUCGCCCUCGCCGGCACCCUCCAAACGAGCCACAUGCACGUUAGCACCCACAUGAACGUGCUCCUCCACAGCACCCCGAAGCACCACUCGCGACCCCACGAUAGCGGCGUCCUUGAUUCGGGCAUCGCAUAUAGCACCAGCCCGCUGAGCCAUCUCCAGGGCUCCUUCACACGGAAGCUUAUCAUUGGCGACCCCCUGCCCUUGAGCCUAUCUAUCCGGUGGUUCCCGACCCCGUCGCUCCCCAAGACCGACGGGCGCGUUGAGUGGCAGGGCCUCGGCGGCCACAUCUACGCAAGCACUGUCUUCUACAGCAUUGUGUCGUUCAUCGCCGGCUUGCUGUGUGCAGGCAUGUAUACCUUGGGAAUUGUCCUGCCGAAGAGGCUGAAGGGCAGAGCGCUCGGCGGUGCAACACCCCUGGGAUACGGGGUCAACACGGUGGGCAACGGAUGGGGAUACUCGAAGCAGCAUGCAAAGAGAAUAGACUAG